AAAAAAAAGAAUAGCCAUCUGACACCUUCUCUGACUUGUACCAUUUUUCAGCCAAUACCAAACGCGCAUUAGUCAUCGCAUUUCGUGUUCCCGCCGUUCUUUUCCACUCUUGUUUUUUUUUUUUCCAGAAACUUUCUAAGAAAGUCUCUGAGAAAAUCUUGUCCUAAAUACACAAAGAAUUUCACAUAUAUAAAGGAGAAAAACAGUUUGUUUUUACUGUUUUUGUAGUUCUUGAAGGACAGGGCCAUUUUGAAAAUGGCAGUGUCAAAGACCAACAAAAAGAAGCAGCAAUGUUACAUAGCAGUACCAUCUCAGAUAAUAAAUUCACUUUCUUCUUCAGGACUUCAGUCUCUGUUACUAUCUCCUAAGAAAAGAAAUCCUUCUUUUUCUGUAAAGCUCAAACUUUUGCUCAAUAAUCCAAGAUUCUGGGUUUUAUUUCUUUUUGUUUUCGGUUUUGUUGGUAUGUUGAGGAUGUGGUUUCAUUUUGAAACUUUAGUUCCUUUUACACCAAACCCAUGUGGGAUUUUUCAAGAAAAAAGCUCAUUUUCAAAUGACCAGCAAGUUUCUCAGCUCAGUAUUGGAGCUGUGAAUGUUGUCAAAGUAGAAGAAGGGGAUGAAAAGAGUGAGUUUUGGAAACAACCUGAUGGGUUGGGUUAUAGGCCUUGUUUGGAUUUCAGUGCACAGUAUGGAAAAACAAGUUUGGAUAUUGUAAAAGGAAGGACUAGAUAUUUGAUGGUUGUGGUUUCUGGUGGAAUGAAUCAGCAAAGAAAUCAGAUUGUGGAUGCUGUGGUGAUUGCAAGGAUUCUUGGUGCUGCUCUUGUUGUUCCCAUUUUGCAAGUUAAUGUCAUUUGGGGUGAUGAAAGUGAGUUCUCUGAUAUUUUUGACAUGGAUCACUUUAAGGAAGUAUUAGCAAAUGAUGUAAGAAUAGUUUCAUCACUUCCAUCUACACACGUGAUGACAAGGCCAGUGGAGGAGAAACGGACUCCUCUCCAUGCUUCCCCUGAAUGGAUUCGUUCACAUUAUACCAGAAAGCUUAGGAGAGAUGGUGUUCUACUUUUGCGAAGCCUUGACUCGAGACUUUCUAAGGAUCUUCCUGCUGAUCUUCAAAAACUUCGCUGCAAGGUGGCAUUUCAUGCUUUGAGGUUUUCGCCAUCAAUCUUAGAACUCGGUAACAAACUUACAGAGAGGAUGAGGAGCAAGGGACCAUUUCUCGCUCUGCAUUUGCGAAUGGAGAAGGAUGUGUGGGUGAGGACUGGAUGCCUUCCUGGUUUAAGCGAUGAGAUGGAUGAGAUGAUAAACAAUGAGAGGAAGCGAAGGCCCGAGCUCUUAACUUCACGUUCAAACAUGACCUACCAUGACAGAAAGCUUGCUGGUCUCUGCCCCCUGAACGCUUUGGAGGUUACAAGGUUGCUCAAAGCUCUGGGAGCACCAAAGAGUGCAACAAUCUAUUGGGCUGGAGGAAUUCCUUUGGGUGGAAAAGAAGCCUUGCAACCAUUGACAAGUGAAUUCCCUCAAUUCUAUAACAAAGAGGAUCUUGCCUUGUCCGGGGAACUUGAGCCAUUUGCAAAGAAAGCAUCACUUAUGGCUGCUCUUGACUACAUAGUAUCUGAGAAUAGCAAUGUUUUCAUGCCAUCUCAUGGUGGAAACAUGGGACAUGCUAUCCAGGGACAAAGGGCCUAUGCGGGGCACAAAAAGACUAUCACACCAAACAAAAGACAGAUGCUUCAACAUUUUCUGAACUCAUCACUCUCUGAGACAGAGUUCAACAGAAUUAUACUGGACUUGCAUAGAGAUUCCUUAGGUCAGCCAGAAUUGAGGAAAGCAGGAAGGGAUGUGACAAAGUACCCUGUCCCAGAGUGCAUGUGCAAUAGCACUAAGAACCAUUCAUCGGUUUAACUCCUUAUCGGGGAAUAACAUGUGAUGAAGUACCCCGUCUUCUGCAGCUAAUCAUACAUUCUUACAACAUGCUGAGAGUUCCAGAAAGAACAGAGAAUUUUGGAUUAGCCUCACUAUGAUUCUGACAAGCAGACGAGCUUGCUUGAGGUGCAAUACUAUUUUUUCAACUAUCUUUUGAGGCAAAUCAGUGGUGGUUAUAACUUAUGGUAACAUGACAUUGAUGCAGCAGAACUGGGAAGAUAAAUCUCUGAUGCAAAAGCAACAUAUUAUACAAGUCCAAUUAUAUCUCUUACCAUAUCUUAUAAUGUUUAAAUGAAACACAGCUUCAUUUUAUUCAUUCAUUCUUUAGAAAAUAUCAAUGUAAUCUACCAUAGUGAAGGUAUAUGUAAUACAUGUAUUAAUGUAUAUAGUCAUACAAAUUUUUGAGGUAUAUAUGUCAUUUUGAUUGUAUA